AACGUCACGGUGUGUGUGCGAUUCAGGCCGCUCAGCCACAAAGAGAGGAAGGGGGACGAUGACAAGGUCUGCUUCAGGAAACUGGGCUCGGAGUCUUUUGUUUUCAAGACUGGAGCUGGAAAAACUUAUAGCAUGGAGGGGCCAAGCAUCUUGCAUUGCAAUGAACUGAAAACUGGACUGGUUCAGCGAGUUGUAAAUGGUCUUUUUGAUUGUUUAAGAACAUCAGAAAACAUUACUACUUGGACUGUGAAGUUGUCAAUGGUGGAGAUAUAUUUGGAAAAAGUAAGGGACCUUCUUGACUUGUCCAAGGACAAUCUACAAAUCAAGGAGAGUAAAAGCCAAGGGAUUUUCAUUUCUGGGGCAACAGAGAUAUCUAUUAUGAAUGGUUCAGAUGCCUUGGAACGCCUUUCUGAAGGAAUUGCCAACAGAGCUGUCGGAGAAACACAAAUGAACCUGGCCAGUAGUAGAAGUCAUUGCCUGUACAUUUUCUCAGUGCAGCAUGGGUCCACUACAGAUGAGAGGGUAAGGACUGGGAAGAUUAUUCUAGUUGACUUAGCUGGUUCAGAGAAAGUUGAGAAAACUGGUGCUGAAGGGCGUGUUCUUGAUGAGGCUAAAAUGAUCAACAAAUCUCUUUCAGCUCUUGGAAAUGUUAUCAAUGCCCUAACUACGGCUAAACCAAAUCAUGUGCCUUACCGUGACUCGAAUCUCACACGCAUACUUCAAGAUUCACUGGGUGGCAGCUCAAGAGCUGCAUUGCUGUGCUGCUGUUCUCCCAGUUUGUCAAACUCACCAGAAAGUCUGUCUACCAUUCGCUUCGGAACCAGGACGAAGCUCAUAAAAACUCUACACAAACUGAUUCCUACCGAAUUGGAUAGCAGUAAGAAGCACACCCCAUAUUCUCGUGAUCAAGAUGAUCUGCGUGACGGAACCCUGAGCAAGGCUGGUAGCAGCCAAUCUGAGGCGUCCUAUCCCAGCCUUGAUUCUGGCGAUCAUGACGGUCUGCGUGAAAGGCUACUGAGCAAGCUAAGGUUGAGCCUGAAGGAGGGAGACGUUGACCUGCUGGAGGAGCUGUUUGUGCUGGAAGGGAUCAUCUCCGAUCCCGACUCGGUGGUGCUGGACAUCGACUCGGCGUGCCACCACGCUGCGAGCCGGCAGGUCGCGUAGCUAGUGCAAGCAGUGGAGGAACUCACAGAAACUGUGCAAGAGCUCACUGACGAGAACGAGACGCUGAGGCAUCAGCUCGAGGUCGCACAGGAGAUUGCAGCCCGGGCUCAGUGUGCCGCCGCAGACCGGAGCGGUGGAUUGCUGUUCGGUUUUGUGCCUGCGGCCGUCCUCCGUCUCGUCGGAUUCAUGCCAGACUGAUGGCACGACGGCCAACGUCGCGUACAUUCCGCGAACGUUCCUGCCAUCAAACAUCUUAGCUAAUAGUGGAGUAACAGCAUUUUGGCGCUUUAGUCACGAGUGCCUUUGACUCUGAGGAUCCUGAGUACUGAGGUUGAUUCGAUCUUGCUACUUCCGUCAAAAUUCGUAUGUUAGACAUGUGAAAUGGCAUUAUCGUCUUAGUUUGCUGGUCAAAGUAUGUCUUGACCAAUCGGAUGCAUACAUGAUUAGAUGAACCAUGAACGAA